UAAGUUUCAUCCUCCCUAGCUUCUAAAUUUCACCCUAUCUUCCACCAGUUGUUGCAUUUGAUAGGGAACAAUGGGUUCCAAUUUUGCUCAAAUUACACUAGCAAUGGUGCUAAUUGCUUCAAUGCUGGCAGUUAGCACAGCCAAUAAGGAUUGGCAAUCUGGUAAUUACAGCGGUUGGGGCUUCAGCCAUGGCUCAUAUCACCUCAAUAAGACCCAAGGACCAAACAAGAUCGCUGUUGGUGGCUCAGAAAACUGGCAUUUCGGAUUCAACUACACAGAAUGGGCUUUGAAGAAUGGACCAUUUUACCUCAAGGACACUCUCGUUUUCAAGUAUGAUCCACCGAAUAACACCACACGUCCUCACAGCGUCUACUUGUUCCAAGACUUUUGGAGCUUCUUGAACUGUGACUUGAGUCGAGCAAGAAUGGCGGGAAAUCAAACACAAGGAGGCGGAGACGGCUUUGAGUUUGUUCUCAAGAGGUGGCAGCCUUACUACUUCGCUUGCGGCGAGCAUGAUGGUUUACAUUGUAAGGACGGAUUGAUGAGGUUCCCUGUCUUCCCAAUGUUUCGUGGCUAGUGACCAAUCGAUGUUGAAACGCAGUAUUAAGGCAAUGCACAAAACACACUUUGCAUUCGUGUUGAGCAAAUAACAAAGAGACUUGGUAUGCAAGUUUUUGAGAGAGUAUAGUUGACAAGUUCAAUGACAUAGGUAUUGACCAUGUCUACUAUUUAAUUAUUAUUGUUCUUUAGUGAUGUUUUACUAUGUAACCAAAAAUUUGAAAUAGUUUUUGGAAAUUUGAAAUUGAAUGUUAAUGGUAAUGUUGUACUAAUUAAACCUCUUAUAUUUCCUCUUCAGAAAUAAUAUUACAUUGAGGUA